AGGCCACCAACUAGCUUCACACUGAGGCUUUUUACUCUGUCUUCACAAGAGGGUUAGUGCUACUAUCCCAGCUGAACAGAACAGAGAGGCAAACAAAGGGUUUUACACUCAGGAGUCUGUACUGCCUGGAUCCAAACUACUGUUGGAAAGAAAAGGAUCUUGGGACCUACUGUAGGCUAGCCCCUCUGUUUACCACACAGAGGGCGGAAGUCCCCCGGAGAAACGAAGAGACUUGUUUAAGGCUACAGGUUGAGUGUAAUGCUAGGUGCCGGACAGUUCUGAGUUCCCUUUCUUUACAGCAGUCCUGGGGAGGUUGGGAGGAGCGGAGCAGGCUUUGCGCUGAGGCUGGGGGCUCAGUCUUUCCGGGGCGGUCCCCAGCGGCGGUGCAUUCCAGAGUCGUCCGUGCGUGGCGCGCGGGGUGCUGAGCACGCAUCUCAGCCGCUCCUGCGCGCUCCCGGGCUUGGAGCCCGGGCACGUUCUCGGCGCUAGCGAGGCUGAGGUUCCUGAGCUGGGGUCGCUUGAGGAUCCCUUGAGAUCCUAGGGACCCAGAAAAACACCGGUUGCUGUUUGUGAUCCUGACUGAGGAGGAUCGGGAUCGGAUCUGGGGAUCAAGGAAAGGGAGCAGCAGAGGGAGGAGGAGGAGAGAGAGAAAAAACUGUACUUCCUGAAUUAGUUUGAGUCAACAACGGGCCAACAUGGAUGCUCUCAGCCAAUCCCCUGUGGAUGUCCCGCUUCCCAAGCACAUCCUGGACAUUUGGGCCAUAGUCCUUAUCAUCCUGGCUACCAUUGUCAUCAUGACCUCCUUGUUCCUGUGCCCGGCCACUGCAGUCAUCAUCUAUCGAAUGCGGACUCAUCCAGUUCUCAACGGGGCUGUCUGAGACCCUUGAAGGCGGGAUGGCGUGUGACAAGGGCAGGGGUCUCGUCCCUAGACAGUGGGGAGACCCGGGAGCUGGAUUUGUGCUUUAGUUUUGAUUCUGCGGUGUAGAUGUGACCAAGGGACCUAACUCAAGCUCCUUAGCUUUCAGCUCUGGGUCAUGACCCCUGCCUUCCUACCUCACAGGCUGCGAGAACCACGUGACAGUGUGUGUGUGUGUGUGGGGGGGGGUGGAGAGCUGUUUGUGAGCCGUGAAGCUACACAGACAUUGUGCGAUGAGAAACUUUGAAGAGCCAAAGACCCUUGAAGCCGCUGCUGGUAAAGGAGGUGAGGUAGACUGGGAAAGAGAAACUUUGGCCAGUGCACCUUAGCCGAACCAAGCAAAGUGGUGCACCCCAUCCUCAGCAAAUCAGAAUGUUUUUUAAAGUGACACGCCUGUUAUGGGAGUGGAGAGAUGAGCAUAAGUUUCAGAAAACUUAUGCCGAUCCCUGCUCCUGAAGGAGGGAUUUGCCAUUAUGUACCAGUGCCCAAAAGUUGGCGAGAUGGCCUGCUUUCUGCGUUGAGCCGCACAUCUGUUAGCGCUGACUCUUAGCCAUGUUGGAAAUGCAGAGCGGCUGAGUUUUCUGCCCAGCAUUUCAGCUACUUUGUGUGCCCCACAGUAGAGGAUUUCCCUCUGUCCGAGCUUUGUUGCACUUAGCUUCAAGCUUUUGUUAUUAAUAUUUUGCGGCACUGGAGAUGGAACUUUGUUCUCCUCCAUGCUGGGAGAGGAUUCCACCACUGAGCUGCGGCCCCAGCCCUUCUAACCUCCACAGCUGUGUGAAGUACUUAUUAUUUUAAGAGCUUUCCCAGGACUUUUGAACCCGACUUAAAAACAACGAAGGUUAUUUUAGAUGUUAUGAUUUAUAUUUAUAGAGAGAUAUUUCUAGACUAUUAAAGUUCGCCCUUUGAUACCGGAGUCAGGGACAUCUUGGGAUUUUUUUUUUUUUUUUUUUGUUAUGUAAGAAGAUAGCAUGGAUAUUAGGAUAAUAUUAUGUCAAAUGAUGCUUACUCUGAUCUUCGUUGAUGUAUGUAUCAUUUCCAAUAAAUGUCAUACUGAGCA